AUGAACGUGAUAAGCCUGAGCGACGAGCUUCUCGUGGGACGGCAGUCGGCCGUGGACGAGACCAUCAGCCAGCUGCACCUCAACACCCAUUACGUGCUCUCGGUCAACGGCUUCCUCAACGCACUUCAGGUGUUGGCAGGCCUGGGCAACUUCUUCACGUACAUGAUCUUCGGCGUGGGCUCCAAGUCGCAGCACUUCCUGUACGCCUGCUGCUUCGGCUACUCGGUCAACGGGCUCCACUUUCUGAUCACGGGGCUCGCCUCGCAGCACGUCGCCGAAGUGCUGCCCAUCACCAUCUACUACAAGGUGUUCCAGGCGAGCGCGAUGAGCAUGUACUUCCUGGGGUCGGUGGCAGUAAUGACGUACGACCUUCCCACCAUGCCUGACGCCUUCUGUGGCAUGGCCACAGGAAUGUUCACCGGCCUGCUUCACCUGGUACACCUCAUCUACGUUUUGAUCUACGUACCAUCCCCAUGAUAUCACUUCCUCCGCCGAUGCAAACAAUGCGUUCUGACGAUAUUUUUU